GCGCCGGUGUGGGCGUGGACUCUCUCGGUGACGUAGCGGGGAUUAGCCCCACCCACCCCCGCUGGGGGAGGGGGGACGCCAUGGGCAACCUCCUCCACCAUUUCCGUCGUCGGCACCACCACCACCAACAUCCCCACGGCAGCUGUAGGGGUACCGGCAGCGUGCGGGUGCUGCUGCUGCUGCUGGGCUCAGUGUUGAGAAACGGCGCGACAACCUUAAACGUGAAGGUGGUCGGCUGCAGCGAGCGGAGGAGGAGGAGGAGCAGCAGAGGCCAAGCUCUCUGCCUGACCACGGCAUCAGAAGCCAGGGGCAGCAGCAGCAGCAGUAGGAUCAGGAGCAGCAGAGGCCAAGCUCUCUGCCUGACCACGGCAUCAGAAGCCAGGGGCAGUAGCAGUAGCAGGAGGAGUUAGUGAGGUGAGGGGAGGUGAGGGGGGACCGUGAGCGAUACGCGGCCAUUCACCGAAGGUUGGAAGUUUGCGCUGUUCACCCGGCGCUGAGGUGAGGCGAUAAGUUGCGGCUUAAAUCCGCGAGAGGCAUAACAAUACAAACUCCAGAGGUCAACGACGGUGGACGUGAACUUCGUCGUCGUUUAGGAGGCCGAACGGGCUUGGCUUCGCUAAUCGAGUUUCGAGGCGAGACUUUAACUGGAGGGGAGGAGGGGGGGUAGGUUGAGGGUCGAAGUGUCGAGGCUGUCGAUAAGAGAUUGCGGUAGUUGACACUGUUGGUGGUGGGUUGAGAGAGAGAGAGCUGCUGCUGCUGCUGCCCUCGAGUGGCUCGCUGGGGGCAGGAGGAGGAGAGAGAGAGAGAAUCUCGCCAUGCGACCACGCGAGCGCCUCUUCCUGCUCGUCGGCCUCUGCGUGGUCGUCGUCUCGUCCGUCUUCGUCUUCUCCAAGUACGUGGACGUGAAGAGGUUCGUGGUGCUGGGCCGCCAGGCGCGGAUCCACGUCGAGAGCGAGAUCGUGAGGGGCUUGCUUGGGGAGAGAGAAAACCGCAGCCUGGAGUCAGACAACUCGGAGCAGACACAGGAGGAUUUGAAGAAAUUUUGGGACAACAACUCCAUGUUGCAAAAGGCAGAGGAUCGGCACGCAGAGACAAACGUCACGAAGGUCGUCAUGACCAAAGCUCCGGAAGAACGCCAGGAGUGCCCGGAGACGUCAAAGGAGCUGGUGGGGGCCUCUGCGCAUCGAGUUCACCGACACAGUGUCGAUGGAGUUGGUGGUGGAGCAGAACGAGGAGGUGACACUCGGGGGCCGGUACCAUCCCAAGGAUUGCAUCCCCCGCCAGCGCGUCGCCAUCAUCAUUCCGUACCGCAAGCGCUCGGAGCACCUGCUCUACUGGCUCUACUACAUGCACCCCAUCCUGCGGCGCCAGCAGAUGGACUUCGGGGUGUUCAUCGUGCACCAGGCAGGGGACGCCACCUUCAACCGCGCCAAGCUGCUCAACGUGGGCACGCGGGAGGCGCUCGCGAUCUACCCGUGGGACUGCGUCGUGUUCAGCGACAUCGACAUCAUCCCCAUGGACGACCGCAACACCUACGCUUGCGGCGAGCAGCCGCGCCACAUCGCCAGCGCCAUGGACAAGUUCAACUUCCACUUGCCGUACGAAACGUACUUUGGCGGCGUGGUCUCCAUGCGCAUCAAGCACUUUGAGGCCAUCAACGGCUUUUCCAACAACUACUGGGGCUGGGGCACGGAGGACGACGACCUCUACAAGCGGGUGGUAUACAAGGGCCUGACGGUGGAGAGGCCGCCACCGCAAAUUGCGCGCACCAAGAUGAUCCGGCACGAUCGAGACAAGGGCAACGAAGUUAACACCAAGAACUACGACCUCUACGCCCGGACGCGUGUGGACAUGGACCACGACGGCCUCAAUAGCCUCAAGUACCAGCUCAUCUCCGUCUCCAUGUACAAGCUCUACACCGAGAUCUAUGUGGACAUCGGGCACCCUGACUAGCGCCCCCCAGGACCGGCGCCCCACCCCCCCCCCAGCAACCCCCCAGCAACCCCCCCACCCCCCCCCCCCCCCCCAGCCGGCGCCCACUUCAGCAACCGACGGACAAACAGGACGCAGCAAACUUCGACGACAACAACAACAAAAACGAUUCUUCCGAUUUCUAGCGCGUGCGGUGCUCGCGCGACGAGCCGCGUGCCACGAGACAAACGCACGGAGAAAGCGCGGAGGACUAGCGGCGGACGGCACUUCAGGACAUAGCGAGGGAAGGGGAAAAUCUCGGUGUCGGAAGAGGAGAGAGCUGCUCGUAAACGCGUUGUAUUACGAACGUGACUGUUUGUUUUUUUACAUUAUUACGCAACUGACAAAAGACCGGGACGGGACUUGUAAUGUAACGGGAAGACUCACGGGUUUCCCACCGAAUUCAAGACCAUCCUGGGAAACCCAGUACAGGUGGCAACCUCGCGUAGUGUUGGACUGUCCGUUUGAGUUAUCGAUUGCUCGACCGAUCGUCAGUUCUCUCGCCCGAAUAGCGUGAAAGUAGUUGGAAGAAAUUAAAGUCCUCGCCUCUGCUCUCCGUGUGCGCCGCUGGUCGCGAGGUGAUGCACGGGGACUUGGUGACGUCAUUGGCGUUGCCAUCAAUAUCGUCAGUCGCGUCACGCUGGGCGUGGCUUUGUGGGGGUUUCCUGCCUUCACGGGGCAGAAUUCAGCGGCGGUCGCCGUUUUUAAAGACGGCCCAGGUGAUUGACUGGGAAAAGUAGCCGAUUAGUCGUCUUUGUCGAAUAGUCAUCCCAGCUCUAAACGGACGCUCCGGCCUGUAUCAGCAAAUGUAGCAGUGGGAGAACGUUUAAACAGUUUCACCGCCUCUGUAUUUUCGGCUGUCUUUGGCACGCGCAGCCCGGCGACGCUCUGGCGCGUCGCACGGGAUGCGCUCUCGUGCGGAUUGAGCCGUCUCAAACCUGCCAGUGGAUUCUGUGCGGCCGCUGCUCGGAUGGCGAACCCAAAGCUGUCGGUGGAACGUCCACAUUCCUUUGGUGGGUGGCCAGCGUGUCGACCACCGUCGGUCUCCCGCGAAGCGGUGUUAACUCUUAUUUAUAACCACAACGAUGCCUUUUUAUGAAGCCUCCGAGUGCCGACCGCGUCUCGCUCAAGACGACGCGGCGGAAAAGGAGCGUGGGGGCGGUUUCGCCGACCCCUGACGGAGAUGACGGUGAUCCGUCGAUGAAGGUCCACGUCUUUGUGACGAGGUGCGCGUGGAGGUUGAGACGAGCAUCAGAAUCACAAGUAUCCACAAGUACAUUACAUUUUUUUUUUCCUUCCCACUGCCAUAUCCGGGCCGUGCCGGGGCCGGCGCGGAGCGAUUUGUGAAUCCGCCCGUGUUUUUCCACUGCAGGAGCCGAGCCGUGCCGCUGACAGAAUGCACAACGAACUAGUAGGGUGACGCGUGCGGAUGACGCGGUGAAGCUGUGUCCACGCAGUGUUACGGACUGAGAUCGCGCGCAACCGACGACGCUCCAUUAUCCCUGCCCCUGCUUGGCCCCGAGUCGGAUUCGGAUGUCUCGUUAGGCCAGCUCGUAGAGCAGGGUGGACCGCGAGGGGCUGCGCCCGCCGGCUCGGCUCGGAUGUGCCAGUGAAGACGGCUACAGGACUCGCUUAGUUUGGCAUCGGACACGAACACUUACACUCCCUUGUACUCGCACGCACACGGCGGCGUUAUUUCACGACUACUGUGUGCCAUCUGCACCUUUUGCCAAUGACACGUUGGCUUUACAUGACGGUUACUGUGUGUAUGUAAAUAAAUUGCAUUUUUAGUGGUGGAGGGAAUAUUGGUGGCGUUGUUGGAUAUGGGAAGGCGCGCGAUGUUGUGAGUCCUGAGUUGUGUGUUUUUUACACGUUACGGCUGUUGAGCUUAAGAGAAGUCAGUUUCGGUCACUGUAGCUUGCCCCGCGGAUGCGUAUCUCGUGUUGCACAGGGUAAUUGUAAUGACGAUGUGGAUUUCUAUAAUCGCGUUCGAGUCGGCAAGUAUCUCCGCAUUCUGUGCAGCAGAGGAAGGGGAUGCGCUUGCUUCCAGGGGGCACGCCAACACACAGGCGAUUUAAGAGCUCCAUCGACGUGCAGAGAUGCGUGGUGCUUUACACGGUGGCCCAUAGACUCACACGGAGACCCAUAGACUUACAUGCAGAUGCUUGCAAAUUACACAGUGACCCAUAGACUUUAAGAAAACCUUUAAAUCACAAGCAUGGGUGUACGCAUAGGCCCAUAGACUCGUGCAAAAACCCGACGACUUCCAGAGACCCACUGAAUUGCACGGUCACGGACGUGUCGCGGUUUUACAGAGCGAACCGUAGAAUCGGGAGGCUCAGGAGUCCCUCGCACUGACGGAAGUGACGGGUGGAAGUGACGAGUGCGCUCUCAAAUGAAAACAGUGUUGAUGCCAAGGAAAAUAUAUUCCCCUCCAAGUGCCCGAUUAGUGCCGCGCGGGUGCUUGCUACAGUGAUGGGACAAGGGUUUAUUUGUGGCCCCUUCGCAGUGGUGGUGGUGGGCCUCGCGUGGCCACGGGCCUCUUGGAAACUCGCUCCCGCCUCCCCCCUCCCUCCCUGCUGUACUGAAUGUGAACGGCGGGGCAUAUUUAUUUGCAUAAGUCUCGGUUUUAAAACAACACAUCGAUUUCAAAAUGCCAGCGAUCGUCGGAGGCGACAUUAAAUUCGUCGAGUCUUACAAAGUCCCUUUGCCAAGUCUUUGCCCUGUGCUAAUGCGGUACAAGCCGAAUGUGAGCGAGCCACGGUACUGUGGGAGCAGAGGCCAGCUGGGUGGCUGUGCGAGAUUCGGUGCGAGCUUGUCUCGGAAGCGGCGCUCUUUGCCACCCCAGGGUGCAACGUGAGCACGUGGCGGCCGCAUUACCAACGUUGUGACGUCGCUGCUGCUGCUGCUGCUGCGUUGCCAUUGGUGCACAAGUGUCAAUGCCCUCGGGGAAUCGUUUCAUGCCGUCAGACCCUCGACAUUGUUCCUUCAGCACCUGGACAUUGCUGCUGUAUGCUAGAACAUAAUUACAUGUAUUACUCU